AUGUCUUUCGAAGAUCCGCCCAUUCGGUACUCCCGCCGCAGAAUGCUCGACGACCUCCCCCCCGAAAUUCACAGCAUGAUCUUUGAGCACGUUGUCGGCGCGACGCACCGUGAGGGUCAGAGCUACAUGUCCAUCAUCAGCAACAAGUCCCUCAGAGCCAUUUGCAACAUCCGACUCGUUUGCCGCUCCCUCAGCGCCAGCAUCCUGCGCCACUUUGCCAUAGCUGUAACCAACAAGGGAAUCCGGUUCCUUCCCGAUCAGAUGAGGAUGCUUCUCUCCUUUGCGCAGAGCCCUGUUGUUGCUCCUGCCAUCAAGAGACUGGUUAUCAACGCAUCCAUACCGAGAGCCUAUUUGAUGAUGGCGCUCACAACGGUAGCUCAAGACUGUACUGGCUCCCAGGCCAUCUUAUAUAUGGCCUUGGACAAGUACCAGGAGUACUACCUCGCUCACCGACGUAUGAAGGAAGCUGCUGAAAAGGCCGGAGGAGACAUCGACUUGUUGUCCCGUGUGCUCAAAGGUCUGACAAAACCUCGAAAGCCUUGA